ACGCCUAGACUUGUUCGAAAAGGGAAACCAAAUUCAUUCCACGGCGAGCGAUGUACGACGGCUGAUGCCCUUGUCGCGGACUCAUUGUGCAAACGGGCUCCUCUCCCCGGACUAGGAUUUUUAUAAGUGUAAUGUUGUGAAAUAAGUCGUCAAUAGUGGUGUUUAGUGUUUGCAUUACAAUAACAGUGAAAUACAGAAAGAAUUGUGUUCAGUGGUUUACUAGUGUUGCUUUUCAAUACCGAUCGUGGAUUCCAAAGGAUUGUUUCUAUAAUCGAGAGAUUAUCAAUACCAAGGUCUCCCGCUCUGCUGUCCUCGCACUAUGCUAGUGCUGUUAUAGCGAGCCACCAUACAUAUCGAAGCUCAUUAUUCCGCCAUGGCAAUCCUGCUCCGGGGGGCUCGCGCGGGCGGCGGGGGCGGCGCGCCGCGGUAGGCCGGGCACAUGCGCGCGCGCCAUGUGGCGAGCCCUGCUGGCCCUGGCGCUGGCGCUGGCCGCCGCCGCCGAGCAGGACGUGGUGCGCAGCUUCACCGACCCUUCGGCGUCCACCCUCUUCAACCACCUCGUCGUCGACCGCAACACCGGCCGCGUCUACGUCGGCGCCGUCAACAAGAUCUACCAGCUCUCCCCCGACCUGGAGGUCGCGCAGUCGAUCGUCACCGGCCCCGUCAACGACUCCGCCCAGUGCACCUUCGACUGCCCGCCCAACUUCAUCAAGAAGCCGACCGACAAUGCGAAUAAGGCGUUAGUGAUCGACUAUGCCACCAGCCGACUCAUCACCUGCGGGUCCGUGCUGCAGGGGCUGUGCUCCGUGCGCAAUUUGCACAACAUUUCGAAGGAGGUGCGCGAGGUUCGCGAGCCGGUGGUCGCCAACAAUGCGUCGGCGUCGACGGUCGCGUUCAUCGCGCCCGGCCCGCCGAAUCCGCCCAUGACACAGGUUAUGUACGUCGGCGUCACCUUCACGGGCAACUCGCCCUAUCGCUCCGAAGUUCCUACUGUCAGCAGCCGCUCGCUAGAGGAGGACCGUCUAUUUAUGAUAGCCCGAACGGCGGUCACGACGGGCACGAGAAUGUUCGUCAAUUCACUAUCCCGCGAACGCUAUCCCAUAAAAUACGUGUACGGCUUCAGCUCAGAGGGAUUCAGCUACUUUCUAACCACACAGCUGCGAGGCGUGGGAUCGGACAGCUAUUACAGCAAGCUAGUGCGAGUAUGCCAUGAUGACGAAAAUUACUACUCGUAUACAGAAAUUCCGAUGUCUUGCACGGGCGAAGGCGGACGCAAUUUUGGAUAUAAUCUAGUGCAAGCGGCGUUCGUCGGGAAAGCCGGCUCGGUGCUAGCGGGCGAGCUCGGUAUUACGGCGCAGGAUGAUGUAUUAUUCGCCGCCUUUAGCCAGAGUGAAGAUAUAAAUAUGAACACGCCGUCAGACUUGUCCGCUUUAUGUGUGUAUUCCCUAAAAGCGAUUCGACGCAAAUUUAUGCAAAACAUAAAGACGUGUUUUAGCGGCAACGGUUCUCGGGGCUUGGAUUUCAUAUCGCCUUCUCAUCCUUGCAUUGGAACGAAAUUACAGUCAAUAAGUGAAGAUUUCUGUGGCUUAGACGUGAAUACUCCUUUAGGAGGAGAGCAGCCGGUAGAGGCGGUCCCGGUGGCCGUGUUCAACAAGAGGCUUACUGCUGUGGCGGCCACAUCCACGGGCGAUUACACUGUAGUAUUCGCCGGAACGGCCGAGGGACAUCUGAAGAAAAUCGUCGUUGAGAGUGCCACUUCUGCAUUUGAAUAUGGCGACAUCGUCGUGGAUGAAAAGUCACCAGUUAAUAAAGACUUAUUCUUUGAUACUCAAUUGAUGCAUUUAUACGUAAUGACUGAACGUAAAGUGUCUAAAGUGAAAGUUCAAGAGUGUAGCGUCUAUAAAUCGUGUUUGACGUGUCUCGGAGCCAAAGACCCAUACUGUGGAUGGUGUUCUCUAGAGAACAAGUGUAGCCUCCGAUCGGACUGCCAGGAUGCAGCCAAAGAUCCCCUUUAUUGGAUCUCGUACCGCAGCGGGCGUUGCACUACCAUUACUCAAGUGACACCGAAUCAAUUGCAACGAACGACUGCAAGGACAUUAGACUUAGUUAUCGAAAACUUGCCUACACUUAAUGGACAAUUUCUGUGUGCAUUUACAGCUUUAGAUCGUACUUUAAUAACCAAUGCUACUAGGAAGCCUUACGGCGUUAAUUGUACUACUCCGCGCACCGACACGCUCCCACCGAUCCCCGCGGGCCAGCACCACUUCACGGCCAAGCUGUCGGUGCGCACGACUCAGGGACCCGACUUUGUGGCGACUAAUUUCACGUUCUUUGACUGCAACACGUACAGCUCGUGCACUCAGUGUGUUAGUUCCUCGUUCCCGUGCGACUGGUGUGUCGACGGACACCGUUGCACUCACGACACGGCCGAGAAUUGUAGAAACGAUAUAUUAGUUACCGGUGUCAGCAGAAUAGGUCCCAGUUAUCGCUCCGGGCCCGGUUUCUGCCCCACUAUAAACUCCACUUCAGACGGCUCGAACGAAAUCCUAGUUCCUUCCGGCGUCAAAAAAGCAAUAAAAGUUAAAGUACACAUAAUCGGGCAAUUUAUAGUCCAGACUAGAUUCGUUUGUCAGUUUAAUAUCGAAGGCCGCGUGACCCAUGUGAAUGCUCAACUUCUUGCCGAUACUAUAUAUUGUGAGCCCGUCGAAUUUACCUACACGUCCCGCGCUCCUAAUAUUACCGCGUCUUUCGCCGUAAUCUGGGGAGGUUCUAAACCGUUAGAUAAUCCGGAUAAUACUCACAUACUCAUUUACCGUUGUAACGAUAUGGCGGAUAAUUGCGGAAUUUGUCUUGCGCUCCCUGAGAAAUUUGGAUGCGGCUGGUGCCAGGGCUCGGAUAGGUGCGAAGUUCAAGAACAAUGCGGCACGCCUAGUGUUUGGUUAAAUCGUACUCAAACAUGCCCUAACCCGGAGAUUCAUUCGUUUAGGCCGCAGUUAGGUCCGUGGGAUGGGGGCACUAACAUCACAAUUGAAGGCAUAAAUCUAGGUCGCAAUAUAUCCGAUAUUUAUAACGGCGUCACCAUUGCGGGUAUUAAAUGCCAACCAAUUAUAGAAUUGUACGUUAAAACAAGGCGCAUUGUUUGUACCGUAGACGGGCCUGGCGAAGAAGUACCCCGGGAUGGCCCUGUUGUCGUCAGAGUGGCAGAUUAUCGCGGGGAAUCUAAGCAUCAUUACGCGUUCGUCAAUCCGAAAAUAAACUCUAUUCAACCGAAAUACGGCCCGCAAUCAGGCGGCACUAUUUUACGUAUCACUGGCGAGUAUCUGAACGCGGGAAGUAACAUUCAAGCUUUUAUCGACGAUUUGCCUUGCGCUAUUCUGACUGUGACUCACGAAGAAGCAGUUUGUAGGACGAGUCAUUCUUAUCAGCUUAAAAUGGGUACAUUACGUAUGCGUUUCGACAACGGUAUGCGCACUUUAGAACGCGAAAAGUUUGAAUACAUAGAGGAUCCCGAGGUAGUUGCAGUCGAAUCUGGUCCGCCGCUCGCGACACAGCGCAAGCAGCCUAAAGGGAUUCCAUCCGGAGGCAUAAAGAUUAAAGUAAUGGGCCGUAAUUUCCAUUCUAUUCAGUUCCCUCGGAUGUACGUAUAUCACGACAAUCGACCUUACAUCGCGCCUUGCCAUAGAGUCGACUUUCAAACUCAUCUCAUUUGCGAGUCUCCCGGGAUUGAAAGCGCCGGGCUCAGCCUAGAUCCGGAUAGGCCUUUGGAAUUAGAAUACGGUUUUUACAUGGACGACGUGCAAAGUGUGCAGAAUCUUACCAGCAAGACGCAUGACGCUUUCCUGCUUUAUCCUGAUCCGUAUUACGAUAAAUUUGAUGAGGACGUAAAGUAUUAUAAAUCAGAGUAUUUGACGAUAAACGGUCAGAAUUUAGAUAGGGCGUGUACUGAGAGCGACGUGGAAGUUCACAUAGGAGAAAGCCUGUGCAACGUGACGUCACUCGCAAGACACCAGUUGACUUGUCGGCCUCCCUCGCGAGACGAACUGCCCGACGGAGUCGACACACCCGAGGUGGUCGUCAAAGUAGGUCGCCAUCUCAUGUAUAAGAUCGGCAAGUUGUCGUAUUCCUCGCAGGCGGGCCUACAGGCGGCUAUCGGAAAGCCAGUAUUAUUCGGCGUAAUCGCCAGUAUAGUUAUACUCAUAUUAGUAUUUGUCGUGUUUUUAGUUAUGUAUAGGAGAAAAUCAACUGAAAAUAUUAGGGUACUGAAGAAUAUGCAGGAGCAAAUGGAUAUUUUAGAGUUAAGGGUAGCUGCGGAAUGCAAGGAGGCGUUUGCGGAGCUGCAGACUGAGAUGACAGACUUGACGGGAGACGUGACGGGCGGGAUCCCCUUCCUGGACUACCGUACGUACGCCAUGAAGAUCUUGUUCCCCAACAUCGACGACCAUGCCGUCCUCCAGUGGGAACGUCCAGAGCUUAUUAGGAAAGAUAAAGGCCUCAGAAUGUUUGGACAGCUUAUUAUGAACAAAACAUUCCUUUUAUUAUUUAUUCGUACUUUAGAAAGCAAUAGAUAUUUUUCAAUGCGCGAUCGUGUCAAUGUUGCUUCCCUUAUUAUGGUAACUUUGCAAAGUAAAAUGGAGUAUUGCACUGAUGUUCUGAAAACCCUGUUGGCGGAGCUUAUCGAGAAGUGUAUGGAGGGUAAAAGCCACCCUAAACUGCUAUUGAGGCGAACUGAGAGCGUUGCUGAGAAAAUGUUGAGCGCCUGGUUUACCUUCCUCCUAUAUAAAUUCCUCCGCGAAUGCGCUGGCGAACCGCUCUAUCUUUUGUUUAGGUCAAUGAAAGGUCAAGUAGACAAAGGCCCCGUAGAUGCAAUAAGCUCUGAGGCGCGAUAUUCGCUCAGCGAAGAAAAACUUAUUAGGCAGUCGAUAGAUUUCAAACCGAUAGCGGUGAGCGUGUCCAUAUCCCAACAAACGAUCUUCGUGAGCGGCUUAGACGCUACGACGGAAAACGUACAAGUAAAAGUUCUCGACUGUGAUACCAUAAGCCAAGUAAAAGAGAAGUGUUUAGAUGCCAUUUACCGCGCUACUCCAUAUUCGCAAAGGCCGAGUCGUGACGAGCUAGACUUGGAAUGGCGCACGGGCGCCUGCGGUCGAUUAAUUCUGUACGACGAAGAUAGCACUACUAAAUGCGAGGGCGAGUGGCGCAAACUUAACACCCUCAAUCACUACCGCGUGCCAGAUGGCGCUUGCCUCAGUCUAGUUGCUAAACAGAGCUCCGUUUAUAAUCUGUCCAACAUGGAGAAAAACGAUAAGUCGCACACUUAUGAAACUCUCAAUAGGGGUAAAUACGGCUCCGCCAGUCCGCCGGCGAGUCCUUUCAAAUACGAACACGGCGGCGGCUUCAAGUACUGGCAUUUAGUUAGGCACCACGACGGUGACGCACACAAGGAAGGGGAGCGGGGAAACAAAAUGGUCUCAGAGAUAUAUCUCACGCGCCUCCUCGCGACUAAGGGUACGCUGCAAAAGUUUGUGGAUGAUUUAUUCGAGACUAUUUUCAGUACCGCGCACCGCGGCUCCGCGUUGCCGCUCGCCAUAAAGUAUAUGUUCGAUUUCCUCGACGACCAGGCUCUACAGCACGCUAUCUCAGAUCCCGAAGUAGUACACACUUGGAAGAGCAAUUCGCUACCUUUACGCUUCUGGGUGAAUCUCAUUAAAAAUCCUAAUUUUGUGUUCGACGUACACAAGUCUAAUACGGUCGAUUCGUGUCUCUCGGUAAUCGCUCAAACGUUUAUGGAUUCGUGUUCCACGUCCGAUCACAUUCUCGGUAAAGAUUCGCCAUCCUCUAAGCUUUUGUACGCGAAAGACAUUCCGGUAUAUAAGGAGUGGGUGGAACGGUAUUACGCGGAUAUUAAGUUGAUGCCGGCGAUAUCGGAUCAGGACAUGAACGCGAUGCUAGCGGAGGAGUCGCGCCUCCACACGAAGGAGUUCAACACGAACUGCGCACUGAACGAGCUUUACGCGUACGCGGUGAAGUAUAACGAGCAACUGAUGGUGACGCUCGAGGAGGACGAGUUCUCGCAGAAGCAGCGGCUCGCGUACCGCCUCGAGCAGGUGCACGGCCUCAUGACGCACGACUACAACGUGUAGUUAGGCUCUGCUGCUCUGCUCUGCUCGGGUAGUCGCGCGUCGGCUGCCAAGCCACCCACCGCCAUGUAUAUAACGCCCUCGCACAUAUCUAUGCUGGCAACUUUUGUAUAUAUUAGAUAGUGUACAGUCUUAAAUAUUGUAAUUUUUGUAUAAUUUCAGCGGUCCGAUGUCGUUUUUUAAUUUUAUAUAAUGAACUUUGUAUUGUUUUUACACGACGAACUCGGCCGGCCCCGGUCGUGCCACAGUAUGCAUCGUAAAAUAAAAUUGUGUAUGUCUGUCUAUGUGUGCUCGCGUCGUACGAGUUAAUGUUACGUCGAAUCGGUGUAAAAUGUGUGUCGCAAACGAAAUCGCAUGUAAGCUCGCCGGCGAGCGCGAGGUUCGCUCGCCGACGGGCAAUUUUUAAAUUUGUACUUGCAGUCUACUUACGAAAUAACCGACAGUGAACCGGUGAACGAUUCCAUUAAUAAAUAUCGUCGAAUGUA